CCGGGAGGCAGUUUGAGUGACGCUGCUGCAGCCGCGGCGGCGGGUAAAUGUUUAUCCUGUGGCCGGGUUGAGGAGAUAGUGGGGCGGUGGAGGAGGAGACGGUGCUGUCGUCGUCUGGCAGUCGCAGCGAGGAACGGAGCGAGCCCGCGAGCGUCGGCUGAGGGAAUAACCGUGGAACGUGGAAGUAACAAAAUCAUUUUAAGAUGAAGAGAUGCUGAGACAACGUUCAAGCAAACCAAUUCUGCCAUAUGUAAUAUUCCCUGCCUGAACUGCUGGAUGGCCCGCAUGCGCUAGUUAACACACUCCAGGAACGGUCUGUGCGAACACCCGAUAUGGAUUAGGAAUACAGUGACUGAUCUACAGUGAUGUCUAUUAUGUUAGAUGCAGUUGUUCCUCUUCAUUCAAAGAAAUAAGCAAGAAAAAACUGCCAAUUGAUCAGCAUCCAAGGAGCCUACGACUUGAGCUGUGCAAGGAAUUAAAAGACUAGCAGAAGAAAAAAAAGGUAUUACUCAUGAGAAAAUGUCAGCAAGCGAGCAAAGUCCUCGGCAUAGUAAAGCCAGGACCAUGCAACAUGCUUCAACGGUUGAUCUGUCUUCGGAUAUGUUAAAUUUAUCUCUGGCAGCUAACAGCCAGGAUCCAGAUGAACCUAUUUUGGAAUUUAGUUUAGCAUGCAGUGAGCUGAUCACUCCUUCCCUGGACCGGAAGCCUAACAGUUUUGUAUCAGUAAGCGUGACGACCCCUCCACAAGCUUUCUGGACAAAGCAUGUGCAAACUGAGAUUAUAGAGGGUACAAGCAAUCCAAUUUUUCUAAGCAGUGUUGCAUUUUUCCAGGAUUCUCUCAUUAAUCAAAUGACACAAAUGAAACUUUCGGUGUAUGAUGUCAAGGAUAGAUCUCAGGGAACUAUGUAUUUGUUGGGUUUUGCAACAUACGUGGUAAAGGAUUUACUGAAGGAAAAGAAUCACAGAUUGCACCUUAUGCUACGGUCUGCUGAAAAUGAGCGAGUGGGUAAUAUUACUGUGAUAGCAUGGCAGAUGGAAGACAAAGUUGAAGACAAGAUUCCUGUGAGCAGAUCACCUGAUACCAUAAAUGGAAGGACUGUGUUGCCGGUUGAUGAAAGUUUAACAGAAUCUUUGACCUUUCACUCAAGACACUCUUCUCUGAAGAAAGAUGCACUAUUAAAAUCAGUGUUUGGCGGCGUUAUCUGUCGGAUGUACCGUUUUCCUACAACGGAUGGGAACCACCUGCGGAUUUUGGAGCAGAUGGCAGAGAGCAUGUUAUCACUUCAUGUCCCCAGGCAGUUUGUCAAAUUGGUCAUUGAAGAGGAUGCAGCAAGGAUAUGUGAGUUGGAUGACCUGGGUGAGCUAUCACCAUGUUGGGAGAAUCUUCGACGGCAAAUAGUUACCCAGUACCAAACUCUGAUAAUAAAUUACCAGGAGAACUUAACAGAAUUGCACCAAUAUAAAGGUCCGUCUUUCAAAGCAAGCAGUUUAAAAGCUGUGAAGAAAUUAGAAUUUGUACCCACUAAUUUGCACAUACAGCGGAUGCGGGUUCAAGAUGAAUCUGCCGCAGAUCAGACCUACGACAUUAUUACUAUUGGGGCACCAGCAGCCCACUGCCAAGCCUUCAAAACUGGUGGCUUAAGGAAACUUCUGGUCAAGUUUGUGGAAGCCAAGAAAAACGUUUAUGAGGAGGGUUGUUCUUCAUCUAGUUCCCAGUCUAUAGUAUACAUACCACAAGAUAUAGUAAGAGCUAAAGAAAUUAUAGCGAGUAUUAACACCCUUAAAACACAAGUCAGUUACUAUGCAGAACGGUUAUCGAGAGCAGCCAAGGAGAGAUCUGCAAAUGGCCUUGAAAGAACGUUGGCGAUUUUGGCAGACAAGACGAGACAACUGGUCACCGUUUGUGACUGUAAGUUACUGGCGAAUGUAGUUGAAGCUCUUAAUGCUGCCAGACCCAAUUACAUUGCUUCCAAAUCAUCCCCAUCAGGAGAAACAGACCAAGUGAUGCUCCGGAAUGACCAAGAUACCCUCAUGGCUAAAUGGGCAGGCAGGAACAGCCGCUCUUCCCUGCACAUUAGCUGGCAUGAGGAGGAAUGGGAGAAAGUGUGGCUUAAUGUUGAUAAAAGUUUGGACUGUAUUAUUCAGAGAGUAGACAAACUUCUCCAGAAGGAGCGACUACGUAGCGAGAGCAGUGAAGAUGUUUUUCACUGUGACACUGCCUCUGCCAGCAAGAAAGGUAACCUAGAGCAUCGCGCAUACUGGAUAAAUCCAGGGGUCUCAGAUGAGAAAUGUUCUCAAUCUCCACCAUCAUGUCGUUCUUCCAAUAAGAGAGCUGCGUAUUGCCACUCUACUCCAGAGGAGCCCUCCGAAGGUGAGUGGAGUGAAGCACUUUAUCCUUUGCUGAUGACACUCACGGACUGUGUAGCCAUGAUGAGUGAUAAAGCAAAGAAAGCAAUGGUUUUUCUCCUGAUGCAAGAUAGCGCCCCUACUAUAGCAAUGGACUUGACCAUCCAGCACCGUAGAGAUGUGGUCUUCUGUCAGACUCUAACAGCCCUUAUCUGUGGGUUUAUCAUUAAACUAAGAAACUGCCUUCGUGAUGAUGGAUAUUUGCGCCAGCUUUACACUAUUGGCUUGUUAGCACAAUUUGAAGGUCUUCUAAGCACAUAUGGGGAGGAACUCGCUAUGCUGGAAGAUAUGAGCACAGGAAUAUCAGAUUUACGGAAUGUAACAUUCAAGGUAAUCCAGGCUAUGUCUACUUCAUCAGUUGACAUGCUGCCGGUUAUUACUGGAAAUCGAGAUGGAUUUAAUGUGCGGAUUCCACUGCCAGGCGCAAUGUUUGAUGCCUUACCUCGGGAAAUACAGAGUGGAAUGUUACUUCGAGUGCAACCUGUGCUAUUUAACGUGGGAAUCAAUGAGCAACAAACACUUGCUGAAAAAUUCGGAGACACGUCCUUGCAAGAAAUUAUUAAUACGGAGAGUUUGGGACGCCUGAAUUCCUACUAUGAACAGUUUAAGGAGGUUCUGCCUGAUGAUUGUCUACCUCGAUCCCGGAGUCAGACAUGUCUGCCUGAACUAUUGAGAUUUCUUGGCCAAAAUGUCCAUGCGAGGAAAAAUAAAAAUGUAGAUAUCCUUUGGCAAGCUGCUGAGAUUUGUCGUAGAUUAAAUGGUGUUCGAUUUACAAGCUGUAAAAGUGCCAAGGACCGGACAGCCAUGUCAAUUACUCUGGAACAGUGCCUGAUCUUGCAGCAUGAGCAUGGCAUGGCUCCCCAAGUCUUCACGCAAGCCCUAGACUGCAUGAGGAGUGAGGGAUGUCGCCGAGAAAACACCAUGAAGAAUGUUGGAUGUCGCAAGUACGCAUUUAACACUCUACAGUUGAAGGCUUUUCCAAAACAUUACAGGCCACCAGAAGGAACCUUUGGAAAAGUCGACAGUUAAAAUUAGGAAAUAAGACCUUAACCAAAUGUGACUCCUGUGAAUGACUACUCGUUUAUAGUGAUAGCUGUGGGGAUUUUUACAUUGAAAUGUGUAUAGUGAACAUAGCUGUCAACCAAAAAGAAGUAGUUCGUUGAACAGUUAAAUGUUUCUUGAAGAUGCAAAUGUUCUGCAAAAUCGCCCAAAUUGGUCUAUUUCCUCUAUAAAUGUAGAGCAUGCUCUUUCGGCUAGUUUAUCAAGAUAUACUAUAAUACACGAUAGAGUAGAUUGUGGGGUUACUAUUUUAAAGCAAUCUGCAUUAAAAAUAAAACAAUUAGAAUGAAACCAGAAUAUGGAAGGUCCUUCCUCUACUCAAUGUUAUCAGUACAGUCUGACUGGAUGGUUAGGGCAUUGUCUGGAGUUGAGUCGAAACUAUUCCAACUGCAUGCUCAUAUCAGACUAGAGACUUGGCUUUAUGUUUUAAAAGAACAAGGGGUGCUUAUUUCGAAGAUGCGCUGAUUUUGGGGGCAGACAGCAAAAUAUUUGCUUGGCCUUCCCAUUUUACUGACAGAUGCAAUGUUAAUGUGGCUUUCCGUUAGACUGCCCGAGUCACAACAAUAACUCCAGCUUUAUAGUAUAUACAUACCUGCUUUUUAUUCAAAGCAGUAGAAGUACAGGAUCAAUAAUCUUUUUGUAGGAAGUGUGUGUUGAACAGUCAGAUAUAGAAACAAGCAUUGUGUAUGUAAGACAUGUGAAUGCAGAAAGAGGAAAGGGAGGUUUUCUUUUUAAUAGAGUUACUUCAAUAAUGCAAAAUCUUAAUUGAAUUAAGAAUAUUUGUGAGGAAAGUCAUGGGUGAGAAACUACCAUGCAACUCAUUGGCACUCAUUUCUAUACCUCACCCAGCUUGCUUCACUUUAGCAACAUACGGAUUUGCUUUACAUGUUUUGUCACCAUUCCAGAUACUGUAACCAGGUACCUUUUUACUUGCUGUUGCGCAAAAUGCAUUGCGAUCCAAGUUGCCUAAUCUUGUGCUAACAAACCAUGUUAUCUGGUGUCCUUUUUUACGUGCCAUUGUACAAAAAUGCCAGCUUUGCAUUUUUUUUUAAUGUUGCUUUGCAAUGACAUUGUAUUCUUUUAAUCAUAGCCCCAGUUAAAAAAAAAAUAUCCUAACUGCCAACAAAGGAAUAUAGGUAGUAGACCUCAUUGUGGAAACUAUUGGAUGAAACAUAUCUUUGGGUCAAAUGAAUGUAUUUCCAUGAACUUGGUUUAUUUUUAACCAAAUCUUCAUGGUUGUCGCACUGCAUAUUUUUGUUUCCUUGCAUAAGGAAUGUUCUCGACUUCCUUCGAGGUAUGUGGGGUUCUCUAAAUGCACAACGUGGAUGAAUAAAGAGUUGUAAACUUUUUUUUAAAUAGUUCCGAUAAUUAGUUGUUCCGAUGAUCCAGAAUGCAGUACAUAUCUGCCAGUCUGCUAGCAAUUGUACACUUUCCAAGUUGCUUCUGCAGUUUUAUUUGCGAUUAGACAAUAUAUAGGAUUUAAAAGAUUUUUACUUUUAAAUGCACAUACCUGCAUUAAAGCACUUAAGUAAGAGUGGGCUCUUGUACUGUAUGUAACCCCCUCCACCUCCCCCCCCCCCAGUAAAUCAAGUGAAAUGCAUUUUUAUUAUACCUGUACUGUUACUUUUGAGGAAAUUGCGCAUGGAUUUUAUUUAUAAGGUUCACAAAGUUUUUAACCUUUUUAUAUAAAAUACAUUGCUGUUUUACAAGAUGCAAGAGAAAGUUGGCACUGAAAGUAAUUUAUGAAGAAAACUGUCAAAGGAAAUUGUUUAACUUUGCUGUUUCUGCUGCUCUGAUUCCAUUGCAUAUUAAGGUUUUCCACGCACUAUGCUGGGCACAGUUUAAAAAAAAGCCCAAAACCGACCACUAGUUUUACUUGGAGGUGCAGAUGAAAUGCAGAUAUAGUUCCACUGAACCAAUUUUCUUUGUUUUGACUUUGUUCAUGUCUUUUUCAAAACGGCAAUUUGUGCAACAUUAGAAUCUUGUCUCAAUUUAAAAGCAUGCCAAACGUUAUUCUGCUGAGUUAGGAUCGAUCUUGCAAAACAGGAAGGACUGCACUUGAGAAUAUUGGUAUAGAUGAGGAAACUAAGUUGUAUUAGUACACAUUUGAUUAUGUUGUAUUAUACUAGCGAAUCCUGUAAAUUACCUGUGUAUUCCAUAUCUUACUGUGAGAUGCAGUUAUGAUUUUAAGUUGCACAUUUUUUCAGGUAUGUAAUGUAUAUGAAAAUAUCAUUUGGUCCGAAAGUCUUUACAUUUCACGUGACCUUUUGCAAAUUUAAUUUAUGUUUUGCAGUAUUCAAACUGUUAGAUGUAUCUUACCUGUGGGAUUAUUUUUGUUCCCUACAAUCACAUUAGACUCAAGUAAGUUGUAUAAUGUGCUUCUCACCUAUGGUAUGAAAUAUUAAAAAGGAUACUGACAAGUUGUUUGUCUUCAA